CUCAGAAACGACUUCCACUCACUCAUCGAUCGAACCAGGAAAAGAAAAACAUAGAGUCCGUACAGCAAUGGUGAAAGCAGUGGUCGGAGAAGAAACCCAGCUCAAAUUAGCUGAGGAUCGCCUCGAGAAAUCCUCUACGCCUGCCCAGGUCGGUCUCCUCAUAGGCAAGCUCAGCUCUUCUCUAGACCGAGGCUUCGUCUUCGAUAUCGUCCCAACCCCACCAAACGACGCCGGAGCGCCUGCUUGUUCCCUUGUCGAGCCCACCAAGGACGACAAGAGAAAGGGACCCAAGCCCAAAUCUCAGUCCUCCGAUUCCUCCUCUCUCUCCAUUGACAAGGAUUGGGUCGCAGAACAUGCUCGCCAGGUGUCUAGAAUGUUAGUGGGUGGCAUGAAGGUGGUUGGCAUUUACAUCUGGGCCAGUGAAAGUGCAUUUAAGAAUUCCAACAUUACGCUUUGCCAGACUGUAAUGGGAGUUGCCGAAGCAGCGCCCCUCUCAGAGAGUGAUUGGGAUGAGAGACUGCUUAUUCACAUCUGUUAUAGUCCAAGGAGGUGGACAUGUCGAAAUUGUGCAGUUGCUUCAAACAUUACAUCAAGCAGCCUAAGGCCUUGUGAUUUUAAAAUGGGAAGGGUCCUAAAUUCCCUUCAAAGAUUUAGGUGCAUGUACAAUUUUGAUAUCAGAUUGCCCAUAUUUCACAAGAAUUUAUCAAAUGUUCAAACUUUUAGUGAAGCGCUUCGUCAGGGAAUUUCAGUUCAUGCAAAAGAUCUUAAAAGUGCAAAAGCUAUGUAUGAUGGAAAUUUGGUUUUUAACAAUGAUCUUUGCACAUCAGAUGGUCUGCAUGAAGUUGAACUGCUUUUACCAUUUAUGAAAGAUACUGAAGCCUGCAGCCAAAAAGAAGCCGUUGGUGUUCUUGCUUUGAGUGGUUCUGUGUGUUCCUUUGCCUUUAUAAAUCCUAAAGAACCAAUUUCACAAGCUGUUGCUGAUAUAAAGGAUGACAUUAUCAUGAGUCUGCAGAGUAGACUAGAUAUCAUCUGUGAUGAAGCAGAUGGAGAGACAGGUCCAACUGAAACCGGUGGCCAGCAAGCAAGAGAUGAUACUGGUAGCCAGGAAGCAAUAGAUGGGAUAUCCAGUGGAACACCUGUUUUUCAAGUUGUUCUUCAAUCGUUCAGAGAAACAUGCAGUCUUUCACUUCCCCGAAGAGUCUUUGUUCCUUGGUUGGCGGGUACAUUUGUGUGCGACUACCUACAACCAUCUGAGACAUUUGAGGUUCUAAAAGAUCGAUGUGUCGAGUUGUUGUCUAUGGAAGCUCCAACAGAUGACUCAGCAAUCUUGGAACCUGAAAUAGAAGCCCCAUCUACAGUUGCCAAAUCUUUUUGGGAUGUGGCGGUGCCUUUUUCCUCGGCAUCUAGGUCCUGUUUGGAGAAGAGUGGACUCGACAUGUUGAGGGGAGAAAGUAGCCGAAAAUCUAUACAGUCUAAUGUCAACAUCAUGGCUGCUGUUAUAUUCCUUCUCCUCUCUAUCAUUGUAGGAUACGUUCUCAUAUUUGUCAUGAGAUCAUAGUUCAAAUGAAGCCUCGGUUGUCCAAUCUGGGUAAACAUUUUGUGGUCCUAUAAAAUCAAUUAACUGUUUUCUGGAUUUUCCCCUCUCCGUUUUGGGCAAAAAAUAUGCAGUAGAAUUAGUUGUAAUGAGGUUAUAGUUUCACAAAUACUUGUACAGUAUGCAUUUUUACAUUUUUGAUAUGGAUAUAUCCAAACUUGAAUGCCUUAAAAGUUACAUUGAGGAUGAACAUUAAUAUGAUAACGGGCUGAGUCCGUAACA